AUGGAUCUUAAGGCUGCCUUAAGGGCAAGGAGAAGAGCAGUAGGAAUGGGUUGGCUGUGGCUGGUCUGCCUGUUUCACCUAGCCACCUCACUGGAAGAAAUACUUCUGGAUACAACAGGAGAGACCUCGGAAAUCGGCUGGACCACCCACCCUCCUGAUGGGUGGGACGAGGUGAGUGUCCUGGAUGACAAGAAGCACCUGAUCCGAACCUUUGAGGUCUGCAAUGUGGCUGAGCCGGGCCAAAAUAACUGGCUGCGCACUCACUUCAUAGAGCGGCGUGGGGCCCACCGAGUCCAUGUCCGUCUCCGCUUCUCGGUGCGUGACUGUGCCAGCAUGCGGACCGUGGCUUCUUCCUGCAAGGAGACCUUCACCCUCUAUUACUAUCAGGCGGAAACCAACAUGGCUACGCAGGAUCUGCCUGAAUGGCACGAGGGGCCCUGGACCAAGGUGGAUACCAUUGCAGCUGACGAAAGCUUCUCACAGGUGGACAGCACUGGGAAGGUGGUGAAGAUGAAUGUCAAGGUACGCAGCUUUGGGCCGCUCACCCGGCAUGGCUUCUACCUGGCAUUCCAGGACUCAGGGGCCUGCAUGUCACUGGUGGCUGUACAAGUCUUCUUCUACAAGUGCCCAGCUGUGGUGAGGGGGUUUGCCUCCUUCCCAGAGACCUUUGCCGGUGGAGAGAGGACCUCGCUGGUGGAGGCGGUGGGGACCUGUGUGGCGGAUGCAGAGGAGGCAAGUACGGCCGGGUCCUCUGGCGUCAGGCUGCACUGCAAUGGGGAAGGCGAGUGGAUGGUGGCCAUUGGGAGGUGCACCUGCAGGCCUGGCUACCAACCUGCUAAUGACGAAGGAGCCUGCAAAGCCUGUCCCACUGGUUCCUUUAAAGCAUAUGUGGGAGAUGCCACCUGCAGACUCUGCCCCACCCACAGCCACGCUCCAGCGCCAGGCUCCAGCGAAUGUGCCUGCCAAAGCCGAUACUACCGCUCUGCUUCGGACACAUCUGACACCCCCUGCACUGGCACUCCCUCCGCCCCCCGGGAUGUUAGCUACGAGAUCAUUGGCUCCAAUGUGCUCCUGACCUGGCGCUUACCCAAGGACCUGGGUGGCCGCAAGGAUGUCUUCUUUAAUAUCAUCUGCAAGGUGUGCCCAACGGGGUCUCCGGGGCCCUGCGUGCGCUGUGGGGACAGCGUCCAGUUUGAGCCACGCCAGGUGGGGCUAACAGAGAGUCGUGUGCAGGUCUCCAACCUGCUGGCCCGUGUGCAGUACACAUUCGAGAUCCAGGCCGUCAACCUGGUGACUGAGCUGAGCCCAGAGGCACCCCAAUAUGCAGCCAUCAACGUCAGCACCAGCCAGUCAGUCCCCUCUGCGGUUCCUAUGAUGCAUCAGGUGAGUCGCACUACCAACAGCAUCACAUUGUCCUGGCCACAGCCAGACCAGCCCAAUGGGGUCAUCCUGGAUUACCUGCUACGCUAUUUCGACAAGGCGGAAGAUGAGGAUAACUCAUUCACCAUAACCAGUGAGACCAACAUGGCCACUAUCUCAAACCUGAGCCCAGGCAAGAUCUAUGCCUUCCAGGUGCGAGCCAGGACAGCUGUGGGUUACGGGCCAUAUAGUGGCAAGAUGUAUUUCCAGACCCUGGUGGGAGGCGAACGCUCGGAAAUGGUUCAGGACCGGCUGCCACUUAUCGUGGGCUCAGCACUCGGUGGUCUGGCCUUCUUGGUAAUUGCUGCCAUUGCCAUCCUUGCCAUCAUCUUCAAGAGUAAGAGGCGAGAGACCCCAUAUACAGACCGCCUGCAGCAGUACAUCAGCACACGGGGGCUUGGGGUGAAGUAUUACAUUGACCCUUCGACCUACGAGGACCCCAAUGAGGCUAUUCGGGAAUUUGCCAAGGAGAUUGAUGUGUCCUUUGUCAAGAUCGAAGAGGUCAUUGGAUCAGGAGAGUUUGGAGAGGUGUGCUUCGGGCGCCUGAAACCCCCGGGGAAGCGGGAGUACACAGUGGCCAUCAAGACUCUGAAGACAGGUUACACAGAUGAACAGCGGCGGGAAUUCCUGAGUGAGGCCAGCAUCAUGGGGCAGUUUGAGCACCCCAAUGUCAUCCGUCUGGAGGGCGUGGUCACCAAGAGCCGACCCGUCAUGAUCGUCACGGAGUUCAUGGAGAAUGGCUCACUGGAUUCCUUCCUCAGGCAACGGGAAGGACAGUUCAGCAUGCUGCAGCUAGUGGGGAUGCAGCGGGGGAUCGCAGCUGGCAUGCGUUACCUCUCGGACAUGAACUAUGUCCACCGUGACCUGGCUGCCCGUAACAUCCUGGUCAACAGCAACCUGGUGUGCAAGGUGUCUGACUUUGGUUUGUCCCGCUUCCUGGAAGAUGAUGCCUCAAACCCCACCUAUACUGGGGCCCUGGGUGGCAAGAUCCCCAUCCGCUGGACUGCUCCCGAAGCCAUCCAGUACCGCAAGUUCACAUCCUCCAGCGAUGUCUGGAGCUAUGGCAUCGUCAUGUGGGAAGUGAUGUCGUAUGGCGAGAGGCCUUACUGGGACAUGUCUAAUCAGGAUGUAAUUAAUGCUAUUGACCAGGACUAUCGCCUGCCACCACCCCCAGACUGUCCCACUGUCUUGCACCUGCUCAUGCUUGACUGCUGGCAGAAGGAGCGGGUUCAGAGGCCCAAAUUCGAGCAGAUAGUCAAUGCUCUGGACAAGAUGAUCCGCAAGCCAUCCGUGCUCAAAGCCACCGGCACAGGGAGCAGCAGACCAUCCCAGCCCCUGCUGAGCAACUCACCCCCAGACUUCCCCUCACUCACCAGUGCCCACGAAUGGCUGGAUGCCAUCAAGAUGGGCCGCUACAAGGAGAAUUUUGACCAGGCCGGAUUGACUACUUUCGAUGUCAUCUCACGUAUGACGCUGGAAGAUAUCCAGCGCAUUGGGAUCACCCUGGUUGGUCACCAGAAGAAGAUUCUCAACAGCAUCCAGCUCAUGCGAGUUCACCUGAACCAGCUCGAACCAGUAGAGGUCUGA